CAAUAUUAAUCACAUUUACAAUGUCGCGCCUCGUAUCAACCGUAACCAACGAGAAUAAAAUGAAACCAGCCAACGACUACCUGAAGGGAAUCUAAUCAUUCAUCACCGGAGUGAGACGACGCAGCUUAAAGACCUCUGACCACAAGGCGUUAAURUAAUUUAUUAAUGAUUUGAAGAGUUGGUUAAAAAAAACACGAUGGAGAACAGCACAGCUCAAGCGAACAACUCUAUCGCUCCAAAUUCGUACAUCAAAGAGCCUUAUGUUCUUGAAAUCUUUCGGUURAUCUUUGUCACAAGUGUGGCAAUUGUAGGCGUCUUUGGUAGUAUAACGGUUUGUUUGGUGGCACCUAGUAGUAAGAAAAAAAGAUCCGCUGGGAGUCUUUACAUACGCAGUCUUGCAGCGGCCGAUAUCGGAAACCUCGUAGUGAACCUCCCGAUUGCUAUCAUCAAGGAACAAUCGCCAUUUUAUUGGCCUUUGGGUAAAGAAGUAUGCUUCGUUUUUUACCCAUUGAUGGAACUCUUCCACGGUGCUUGUAUUUGGUCAAUAGUUGCUAUAGCUAUAGAGAGAUAUAUGGGGAUYAUCAACACUAAAAAACAAUCACUAAAAUCUAUAAGAAUCAUAGUGUCUGUAAUAUGGAUUGCAUCAUUUGUGUUUCUCGUUUUUCCACUAUUGUUCACCGUGAGACACGUUCAAACUCCURUCGGAACUUUUUGCUUUUUUGCAUGGCCUUCUCCGCUAAGUCACGACGUCUACAAUGUUAUGGACACAGUUACRCUGUAUAUCCUCCCGCUUAUAACAAUCACGUUUACUUAUCUUAGGAUUACAAGAGCAAUUAAUGUUAGCAGCAAUCUCCACAAAAGACUAAGCUCGCAAACAGAAGUCAGAAGACGCGAAGAGAUGAGACGCGUAAGGCAAAAUGCACGCACUAAAAAACUCCUCACUCCGUUAGUCCUCGUGUUCACCAUAACCAUGCUACCAGUCAACGUAUUUCGAGUCRUGCUGAUUUUUUGGAAAAGCUUUACUAGUCAUAAGUUGUUUUUGAUUUUUUAUAAUAUUUGUGUCCUUGGAAUUGUGGUCAAUUCAGCGGCGGAUCCAAUUAUUUAUUCAAUUGUAACGAAAGACUUUCAUUCGCGUUUGAAGGCUUUUUUCGCCAAAAGAUCAUUUUCUCGUGAUGGUCCUUCUUCGACAACUUGGGGGAUGCGUAACGCGACAGUGAAAGAGACYCUACUUUGAAAACGASCAAAAUUAUGGAAAACUACAUAAUUGUGCGUUAAACUUCAAUUAAAGUCAGAAACAGGAAUUGAUGAAUAUUCAGUGCAACGCUCUCAUUAAGAAAAGGUAUAAUGGCAAAUGAUUCUUCAUGCAUAGAAUCAUUUUCAUUAAGAAGAGAACUUUACUUUAAAAAAAUAUCAUAUGAUUUAAAUGUAGAUAUAUAUAUAUAAAUUCAUAGUUACCCUAACUUAACACCAAGGCGUUUAUCAAAAAACGUUUUUACGGCAAUCAAAAGAUAGAUACCGCAUUUGCAUGAUGUWGAUAUUAUCACUUUGCUUGAAAAUCAACAAGGACCUCUUUGCGUCAGUAGAAAAAUUUCUUAUCGCRAAGCACGCACCUUUGAAAGCUUAAGCACUUUCUUCGUUAUCAUUYCACGAAGAAUGUAGAAAAUAGAAUUGUGAUGAAUAAAGGUAUAUUUCCGGAGAGGACUUCCUCA